AUGACUGUAUGCGAACCGGACGGGAUGAUGAAUCGAGAUUUUGUUUACCUGCAUGCGAAGCAUUCACAAUUACCGAUCACGUGGUGUAAAUGCUACGAUGGGGCAAUAGAUUGCCGCGACUUGAAGUCGUCGGGGAAAUUUGGAGUGGAGCAAUGUAUUGGAUCUGAUCAAGUGUGCGAUAAAGUGGAAGAUUGUACUGAAGGAGAAGACGAGGAUGACGAGCUGUGCCUCUCACGCAGCCUUAUUGCUUACGUCGGUUCCGAGGUAUCGUGUCAAUCUAUUGAUCGCAACCUCGUUACCAUUACGUUCCCAGUUUUGGCAUCUGUUCCGCGGUCGUCGCUAGCUAGCAAGUCCUCCGCAAUUUGUCACGACUCGGAUUUGAAAUGUGGCAAUGGUCGUUGCGUGUCCCAGCUCUUUUCAUGUGACGGGAAUGACGACUGCGGAGAUUCCACCGACGAGAAAGACUGUCCUUCGGGGAUCAGGUUUGACUCGAAGACUGGUAAAUCGAGCCGGUGCCGGAAAUCUGAGAUCAAGUGUCCAGAAGACCCGAGUCAAUGUAUAUUGAAGGCGUGGAAAUGCGAUGGCAAAGCAGAUUGCCCUCGUGGAACUGACGAAUGGAACUGUUCGUGCGAUGGCUACAGGUGCUCCAACGGCUUGUGCAUCGCGUCUAAGUGGCGUUGCGACGGCUACCGAGACUGCAGCGACGGUGCUGACGAGCUCGGCUGCGUUCACAAGAAAUUGUCGGAAUCGAGCAAGGACUGUCUAUUUUGGUGCAAAGAUGGAAGCAAGUGCCUACCAGCGCACCAUGUAUGUGAUCACGAACCGCAUUGCGACGACGAGAGCGACGAAAAGGGAGACUGUGGUAUGAUGAGAAAUCGGACCCGCGGCAUUGUCAACACAGCCCCUGUGAGCACAGCUGCCUUUCAACACCGGAGGGUCCCAGGUGCUACUGUGAUAGCGGAUACCAGCUGA